CUCCCACUCACCCUGACCGCGCGGCGCUGCAGGCAAUCAUGGCUCCAAGACCACAAGUAGGGACUGAUUCGACUCCCUCUCUCGAUGACAACACUCCGACUAAAGAUACGGCCAUCCUGCCGGCUUACUCCACCGUGGACCUGGUGAAUGAGGAGCCUGGAGGAGAUGAUCCCUGGGAUCUCCCAGAGCUCAAAAACACUGGGGUCAAGUGGGCUGACCUGGAUACAAAGGGAAAGAUUAUGCGAGUGCUGUCUGCUAUAGUGAAGACCAUCCUGCUGCUUGGACUCCUCUACCUGUUUAUCUGCUCGCUGGAUGUUCUCAGCUCUGCUUUCCAGCUGGUCGGAGGCAAAGUUGCUGGUGACAUCUUCCAGGACAAUGUGAUAUUGUCCAACCCUGUGGCUGGGCUGGUGAUCGGGGUGUUAGUCACAGUGCUGGUGCAGAGCUCCAGCACCUCCUCCUCUAUUGUGGUCAGCAUGGUGUCCUCUGGAUUGCUGGAUGUCCAGUCUGCAGUGCCGAUCAUCAUGGGCGCCAACAUCGGCACAUCAGUAACCAACACUAUUGUGGCUAUGAUGCAGGCUGGAGACAGGAACGAGUUCCGCAGGGCCUUUGCUGGUGCGACAGUCCACGACUUCUUCAACUGGCUCUCUGUGCUGAUCCUUCUGCCCCUGGAAGUCGCCACAGGUGUUCUGUACAAACUCACCGGCCUUAUUAUCGAUUCGUUCAAUAUUCAGACCGGAGAGGACGCCCCUGACCUGCUCAACGUCAUCACAGACCCUCUCACCGACUCCAUCAUCCAGCUGGACAAAUCUGUCAUCACUGGCAUCGCCACCGGUGACCCAGAAGCCAGAAACAAGAGUCUGAUCAAAGUAUGGUGCAAAAAAGAGGUCAACACGACUUACUGGAAUAUAACAGUGGAGAACUGCACUGCUGGUGCCGUCUGCUGGGACGACGGAAACCUGACCUGGACCCAGAUGAACUCGUCUUGGACUGAUUACCAGGAGAAAUGCAAACACCUCUUCGUCAAUGUUAAUCUGCCGGACCUGGCGGUGGGCCUCAUUCUCCUGGCUCUGUCCCUGUUCAUCCUUUGCACCUGCCUCAUCCUCAUUGUCAAGCUGCUCAACUCCAUGCUGCAGGGACAGGUGGCCGUGGUCAUCAAGAAGGUCCUCAACACGGACUUCCCCUUCCCCUUCGCUUGGGUUACUGGCUACAUUGCAAUUCUUGUGGGAGCAGGAAUGACUUUCAUCGUCCAGAGCAGCUCUGUGUUUACCUCAGCUAUAACUCCUCUUGUUGGUAUUGGUGUCAUCAGCCUGGAGAGAGCUUAUCCUCUGACACUGGGGUCAAAUAUUGGGACAACAACAACUGCUAUACUUGCAGCUAUGGCUAGCCCUGGAGAAACACUAUCCAACUCCCUGCAGAUUGCACUUUGUCAUUUCUUCUUCAACAUCAUGGGGAUCUUACUGUGGUAUCCGAUCCCCUUCACAAGGAUUCCCAUCAGGUUGGCCAGAGGGCUGGGGAACCGUACGGCUCAAUACCGCUGGUUUGCCGCCCUCUACCUCUUCCUGUGCUUCCUGGUUCUCCCUCUGUCUGUAUUCGGCCUGUCAAUGGCCGGCUGGCAGGUCCUGGUCGGCGUCGGCGUGCCACUUGUUGUGUUGGCUAUCUUCGUGAUCAUUGUCAACAUGAUGCAGACUCGCUGCCCUCGCUUCUUGCCUAAGUUCCUCCGUAACUGGAACUUCUUGCCCCGGCCCCUGCACUCCAUGGCACCCUGGGACGCCGCAGUCACCUCGCUACUGCGCUGCUGCCGCCGACGCUGCUGCUGCAAGUGUUGCUGCAAGUGUUGCAGAGAAUCAGAGGAUGAAAAGAUAACAGGAGGCAGCAAGAAGAGUCUGGAGAUGUACGAUAAUCCAGCCAUGUCAAGAGAUGAGGAUCCAAAGGAGGCUGUUAAAGCAACACAUCUUUAAUAUUUUUAAGCUAAAUUUGUAUCUAUAGGCGAUACUCAAUGCAAUUAUAUAUCUGUAACACACCUCUCAGGUUGUGGUAUGUUGAUGAUUCCCUUUUGUUGGAUGAUAUACUAAGCACUGUAGUAAACACUGUCUAUCACCAUCAUGCUGCAGAAUAUGAACACAAGUGUUGGACAUGUUAUUUUGAACCUGCUGUUUCUAGACAUGUCAUGUUUAUUUUAUGAUGUUUUCAAUUUAUUAUUCUGACUUAUCUGCGAAAAGACUUAACUAUGGGUGGUGCCGAAUGUUAUGACUUAUUUUUUAUAUUUUUUAUGGAACGUGUUAGAGGUUGUUGGUUUUAUUUUCAACUUUGAACUUUAAAUUUCGAAUGUUAUUGUAGCAUUUAAAAUAUUUGUUAUCAUUCAGUAUUUAAG